AUGGUAAUUGCAUGGUUCUCUAAAGAUGCUCCUACUAACCUCCCCAAACCGUUUAAGUUCUUCAACUUUUGGACACUACAUCCUACUUUCUGGAGUGUAGUAAAACAGUCUUGGCACCCUACUAUUUUUGGAAAUUCGAUGUUAAUCUUGUUCCUCAAGCUCAAGCGCCUCAAGACAAGUCUAAAGAGCUUUAAUAACUCUUGCUUUAGUGAGAUAUCCAAUAGGGUCAAGUCUAAGAGAAUUGAGUUGGAACAACAACAAAUGCUCUCUUUAAAAGGAACGAAUCCUAUUGACAAAGAGCUCCAGAUUCAAAAAGAUCUUUUCAUGCUUGAAGAAGCAGAACUAAUGUUCUUGAAACAAAAAGCCAAGAUUCAAUGGAUAAAAGAAGGGGAUAAAUGCUCCAAAUUCUUCCAUUCUGCUGUUGCUGUAAAGAACAAGAAGGAAACUAUUCGAAUGCUCAUUAAUGAUCAAGGAUUAAGAUUAGAAUCCUUCGAUGAUAUGGCCUCCGAGGUGAUAGCGUUCUACAAGAAUCUAAUUGGGAGCGUAGAUACUAACGUCAAAGGCUGUGACUAUAAUUUCUUGAAAAAUAUUCUAAGUUAUUCACUGCCUCCAGAGCAUUCUUCAAAUCUCAUCAAAGAUGUCACCACAGAAGAAAUCAAGGAAGCUAUCUUUGAACAAGGCAAUGACAAAGCCCCGGGGCCUGAUGGAUACACUCCACUGUUCUUCAAAAAGACAUGGUCCAUUGUAGGUGAAGAUGUAGUGAGAGCAAUCAAGCAUUUGACACUCUUCAUUGGGGUUUUUUUAUCUGAUGUUCUUAAAGCCUUGGAUAUUCCUCAAAGAUUUAUCGAUUGGAUUGAAGCUUGCUUUAAACAAGCUCGAUUCUCAAUCUCUUUCAAUGGAAGUCUUAUUGGUUAUUUCAAGGGAGCAAGAGGCAUUCGACAAGGUGACCCUCUAUCACCUAUCCUCUUUGUUCUUUCUAUGAAUAUUCUUUCCUCCAUGCUUAAUAUGGCUUCUACUAGAGGACUUUUUAAUUAUCAUCCUAAAUGCAAGAAAGUAGGAAUCACUCACUUAUCAUUUGCUGAUGACCUACUGAUAUUCUGUAAGGGUAAUGUUGAAUUAGUAAUUGGUGUCAUUACUGUUCUUGAAAGUUUCUAUGAGAUGUCUGGUCUGAAUUUAAAUGCUGCAAAAUGUAUGUUCUUCACUGCUGGAAUUUCUCUUAGUCACAUCGAGCAUAUCAAGCAAGCUACAGGGUUCACUUAUGGUCAUUUACCCGUUCGAUACCUUGGAGUACCAUUGAUAACUCGCAAACUCUCUGAAAAUGACUGCGAAUCCCUCAUUGCAAGUAUUAAAGCUAGGCUCGCUCUAUGGUCUGGUAAAAAUCUGAGUUACGCGGGAAGACUUGAACUCGUUCGAGCAGUCUUGUUCAGUAUUGCUAAUUACUGGUGCCGGCAGCUUCCCCUUCCUCAAGCCAUAAUAAGCAAAAUUGAACAACUUUGCUCUAGGUUCUUCUGGAAAGGCUCAGAUAAAUCUGCUACGGGUGCAAGAAAAUCUGUGGCAAAUGGAAAACAGAGCCAGUUUCAGCUGGAGUUUCAAUCGUAUCCUCAAAUUACGCAGUGCAGCACCACACCUAUUCGAAUGGGCAUCCUCUAUAAAGACAUUUGGCAGGAGAUUAGGGUGAAGGAAAUCAAAGUUCCCUGGCAUUCACUGAUUUGGUUCCCACAACAUAUUCCUAAGCAUAGUCUCAUUGCUUGGAUGGCAAUCCUCGACAGACUGCCAACCUGA